AUGUUACCGGUGCUGCUGGUCCUGCUGGUCCAGCCAGCAGCAGCCCACCCCCAGUGUCUGGACUUCAGGCCACCCUUCAGGCCGCAGUGGCACCUGGAGUUCUGCUCUGAGUACGAGGAGUUCGGCUGCUGCGACCAGGGCACCGACAACACCAUCGCAGAGAGGUACUGGACCAUCAUCGAGCACCUGGAGAUGGAUGGAGCGGAACUCUGCCAGGACAUGCUGAAGGAAGUCAUGUGCCAGGAGUGCUCUCCAUACGCUGCCCACCUCUACGAUGCUGAAGACCCCUACACACCCAUCAGAGAGCUACCGGGGCUUUGUUUCGGCUACUGCUCUGAAUUUCAUGGGAAGUGUGGCCACGUACUUAAAUAUUUAACUGAGAACCAGCUGCUGCUGGACACCUCUGAGCGGGACAUGUCCACGUUCUGCAGCAUAGUGGACCUGUCGGACCAGGACUACUGCUACCCCAACGUCCUGAGGAGCCCUGACCUGAACACUAACCUGGGAGCGGUGGCGGAGGACCCCAGGGGCUGUCUCCAGCUGUGCCUGACCGAGGUGGCCAACAAUCUCAGGAAUCCAGUCCUCAUGCUGCACAGCGCAGAUGACACACACCGAAUGUUCAUUGCAGAGCAGGUGGGGUUUGUUUGGGUCUACUUACACGACGGCAGCAGACUGGAGCGGCCCUUUCUGGACAUGAGUGGAGAAGUGCUGACCACACCUUGGAUGGGGGACGAGAGAGGUUUCCUGGGCAUGGCCUUCCACCCAAAGUACAGAGACAAUGGACGCUUCUUCAUCUACUACUCCGUUCAGGUCAAUGGUAUGGUGGAGAAAAUCCGAAUCAGUGAGAUGAGAGUGUCUGCUGAUGACAUGAACGUGGCCGAUUCUUAUUCAGAGAGGUUAAUUUUGGAGAUCGAGGAGCCAGCUGCCAACCACAACGGAGGCCAGCUGCUGUUUGGUCACGAUGGUUAUUUAUACAUCUUCACUGGAGAUGGUGGCAAAGCUGGGGAUCCAUUUGGGAAGUAUGGCAACUCACAAAACAAGAGUGCUCUGUUGGGAAAAGUUCUCCGCAUUGACGUGGACAGAAGAGGCUACAGAGGGAAACCCUACGAGAUCCCAGCUGAUAAUCCGUUCCUCAGAGACCCAGAAGCCCGCGCGGAGGUGUUUGCCUACGGCGUCCGGAACAUGUGGCGAUGCUCCGUGGACCGGGGAGACCCGGUGAGCCGCUACGGCAGGGGCCGGAUAUUUUGUGGAGACGUCGGCCAAAAUCGCUACGAGGAGAUUGACCUUAUUGUGAAGGGAGGAAACUACGGAUGGAGGGCGAAGGAGGGCUUUGAAUGCUACGACAUCAAACUGUGCCAGAACCCAUCCCUGAAUGACACCCUCCCUAUAUUUGCAUACAGCCAUCACGUUGGGAAGUCGGUGACAGGGGGAUAUGUGUACAGAGGAUGUGAAUCACCCAAUCUGAACGGAUUGUACAUUUUUGGAGACUUUAUGAGUGGUCGCAUCAUGGCAUUAGAAGAAGAGAAGACACUGGGGCUCUGGAAAGAGAGGAGUAUAUGCAUGGGCGACAAAAAGACUUGCUCUUUUCCCGGACUCAUCAAUCACUACCACAAACACAUCAUCUCUUUUGCUGAAGAUGAAGCAGGGGAGCUGUAUUUUAUGGCCACUUCGUAUCCCAGCGCCAUGACGCCUUAUGGAACGGUGUUCAAGUUCACGGACCCUUCAAGGAGAGCUCCCCCGGGGAAAUGCAAGCAGAAGCCGCUCCCUGUCAAAGUGAGGGGGAAAAAGUUCCCCUUCGUGCCCAGGGAAGUUACUCUUCUGAACGCUGAUGAAAAACCUACACGACCAGCACCGAGGAAACUCAAGCUGACCACCAAACCACCGAAAGACGACGACGGCGGCCAAAGAGACUACCGCGGCCAAAGGGACGACCGCGGCCAAAGGGACGACCGUGGCCAGAGGGACACCGACCGCGGCCAGAGAGACUACCGCGGCCAAAGGGACGACCGCGGCCAGAGAGACACCGACCGCGGCCAGAGAGACUACCGCGGCCAAAGGGACGACCGCGGCCAGAGAGACACCGACCGCGGCCAGAGAGACUACCGCGGCCAGAGGGACGACCGCGGCCAAAGGGACGACCGCGGCCAAAGGGACGACCGUGGCCAGAGGGACAACCGUGGCCAGAGAGACACCGACCGCGGCCAGAGAGACUACCGCGGCCAGAGAGACUACCGCGGCCAGAGGGACAACCGCGGCCAAAGGGACGACCGCGGCCAGAGAGACACCGACCGCGGCCAGAGAGACUACCGCAGCCAGAGGGACGACCGCGGCCAAAGGGACGACCGUGGCCAGAGAGACACCGACCGCAGCCAGAGAGACACCAACCGCGGCCAGAGAGACACCGACCACGGCCAGAGAAACACCGACCGCGGCCAGAGAGACACCGACCGCGGCCAGAGAGACACCGACCACCAUAGAAGUAAAGCUGAAAAGAAAGCCACCAACCAAAGAAGCAAAAGAGACGACCGUGGCCAGAGAGACACCGGCCACGGCCAGAGAGACGACCGUGGCCAGAGAGACACCGGCCACGGCCAGAGAGACGACCGUGGCCAGAGAGACACCGGCCACGGCCAGAGAGACACCGACCGCGGCCAGAGAGAAACCGACCACGGCCAGAGAGACACCGACCACGGCCGGAGAGACACCGACCACGGCCGGAGAGACACCGACCACGGCCAGAGAGACACCGACCACGGCCAGAGAGACACCGAUCACGGCCAGAGAGACACCGACCACGGCCAGAGAGACACCGACCACGGCCAGAGAGACACCGACCACGGCCAGAGAGACACCGACCACGACCAGAGAGACACCGACCACGGACAGAGACACACCGACCACGGACAGAGAGACACCGACCACGGACAGAGAGACAAUGACCACGGCCAGAGAGACACCGACCACGACCAGAGAGACACCGACCACGGACAGAGACACACCGACCACGGACAGAGAGACACCGACCACGGACAGAGAGACAAUGACCACGGCCAGAGAGACACCGACCAUGGCCAGAGAGACACAAACCGUGGCCAGAGAGACAAUGACCGUGGCCAGAGAGACAAUGACCGCGGCCAGAGAGACACCGACCGCAGCCAGAGAGACACCGACCACAGCCAGAGAGACACCGACCACAGCCAGAGAGACAAUGACCACGGCCAGAGAGACACCGACCACAGCCAGAGAGACACCGACCUCGGCCAGAGAGACACCGACCACGGCCAGAGAGACACCGACCACGGCCAGAGAGACACCGACCACGGACAGAGACACACCAACCACGGACAGAGAGACAAUGACCACGGACAGAGACACACCGACCACGGACAGAGAGACAACGACCACGGACAGAGACACACCGACCACGGACAGAGAGACAAUGACCACGGACAGAGAGACACCGACCACGGACAGAGAGACAAUGACCACGGCCAGAGAGACAUCGACUGCGGCCAGAGAGACAAUGACCACGGCCAGAGAGACCACGGCCAGAGAGACACCGACCACAAAAGAAGCAAAGCAGAAAAACAAACCAAAACGACGGAAGAAAAAUAA